AUGCGAUUCGACAAUAAAUAUCUGCACCAGAAUCUUUUCCAGGCAUUGCCGCUUGAGUUAGGACUUCAAGUUUUUGGAAGCAUCCUGGGAUAUAUCGUUGUCGUUUUGGUUAUGUCGAAUCGUCAGACUUGGAUUACCCAGAGCCAUCUUUGGUGUUUGACUGGUAUCCAAAUCUUGAAAACAAUCGUGGUCAUUAUUACCGGUGGCCACGACUCAAACCACCUCACAUACCAAACCGUACCUAAGGAUCCCAACUGGAUAUUCGUCGGCCCUGAAUUCCACUCCCUUCACCACGUUUAUCCUGAUCGAUAUAUUGGUUCCUUCAUCAAGCUUUUCGACUGGAUAUGGGGCACAGCCUAUACUUUCCGGGGUAAACGAUUCGUGAUCACGGGUGCAAGUGGGGCUUUUGGUCAAGCUAUGAUAACGGAACUGGAAUGUGAAGGGGUGCAGAGCAUUCACAAGUUGGAGUUCGGCUACGAAUGGGACCAUCAUGAUUAUGAAAAGGCUCUUCCAACACUUUCCACGUGUGAUGUCCUAAUCAUGGCUCAUGGGACAGAGAGCAGUGAUGGAGUGAAAUUCAAUUGUGACUCAUCUGCUCAACUCGUGCAAUUGUUCAAGCAGCACAGAAAGAACAAGAGAUCAAACCCGACACUUCCGGAAGUUUGGUAUAUUGGUAGUGAGAUAGAAUUUCGUCCAUCUUGGGGGAAUAAGGAAUUAGAACCGUACUCCGAGUCGAAAAGAAGGUUCCUCCCUUACGCUCGUUCCUUCUUUGAUGAUCCUGAUAUACUGUACCGUCAUAUUGUGUCAUCCUCGUUUCCCUCGUCCAUUGGGUAUGCGCUGUUUUCGGGUCGUUGGGCUGCUAAGACCACGAUGUGGUGGAUUCGACGUGGUGCACGGUAUAUUCCAGUGACACAUACAGGGGUGGCAUUUUUUCAUUUUUACAAGUUUAUCUAUUAUUUUGUCUCUCUACAGGGUGAUGGAGAUGUUAAAUCGCCGAUCAAAUAA